UUUUCCAAUUCGAGUUGCAGCCGCCGCCGCUAACCUUCCAUCAUGGCGCUUACUCGUGCCACUGUUGUCGCCUCCCGCCAGGUCAAGACGACCAAAUGCCCGUUCAUGGCCGCAAAUCACGCCUCGAAGCAAGCUUUGAUCCCCAACAUCUCCCAGCUGGCCCGCAUGUGCCCGCACAUGUCGACGAUGAUGCAAACGCAAGCCCGCAGCACCCAUACCGCCGCCGUCGCGCCUAAGGUUUUGGAAUACGAACCCAAGAACUUUCCUUCGUUAACGACGACGUCUGCGGCGGCGCGUCGCCACAAGUACGAACGCCUCGGCGGCCUCUCCCAUGAUGAAUACGAACGUGGGUUCCAAAAAACCAUCCACCGCAUCAAGACCGAAGGCCGAUACCGUUCGUUUGCCAACUUGGAGCGCAAACGCGGCGAGUUCCCCAAGACCUUGUUCCAUCACCCGGAGGGUCACACGAAGGAAGUGAUCGGAUGGUGCGGCAACGACUACCUGUGCAUGGGCCAACACCCCAAGGUCGUGGGUGCCAUGCAUGAAUUCUUGAUGAAGUCAGGCGCGGGCGCUGGCGGGACUCGCAACAUUCACGGCACGAACCACAACCACGUCAUGUUGGAGAAGGAACUCGCGGACUUGCAUCAGAAGGACGGCGCGUUGCUGUUUACGUCAUGUUACGUGUGCAACGACACGACGAUCGCGACGUUGGGCAAGCUAUUCCCUGGGCUCAUCAUGUUCAGUGACUCCCUCAACCACUCGUCCAUGAUCGAAGGCGUGAUCCACAGCCGAUGCGAGAAGUACGUGUACAAGCACAACGAUGUCGCAGACCUCGAAGCCAAGCUCAAGGCUGCCGAUCCCAACGCCCCCAAGCUCAUCUUGUUUGAAAGCGUCAACUCCAUGGAAGGCACGGUCGCCCCCAUGCAUGCGAUUUGCGACCUGGCCGACAAGUAUGGCGCCAUGACGUUCUGCGACGAAGUGCAUGCCGUUGGACUCUAUGGAAACCGCGGCGCCGGCAUCGGCGAGCGCGACCACGUCAUGGAUCGAUUGACCAUGAUCACGGGCACGUUGGCCAAGGGAUACGGCAUCAUGGGAGGGUACAUCGCUGGGUCUGCCGCUCUCGUGGAUGCGUUCCGCAGUACCUGCCCUGGGUUCAUCUUCACGACGUCGCUCCCGCCCAUGCUGGCGGCCGGCGCGCGUGCCUCGGUUAACCACCUCAAGUCGUCACAGGAAGAACGUAUGAUGAUGCAUGCCAAUUCCGCCGAGUUGAAGCGCCGGUUGGUGUCGUUGGGGUUCCCCAUCUUGCCCAGCUUGUCCCACAUUGUGCCAGUCAUGGUGGGCGAUGCGGUCAAGGUGAAGCGCGCGUCGGAACUAUUGAUGGAGAAGCACAACAUCUACAUUCAACCGAUCAACUUUCCUACCGUUCCCCGUGGCGAAGAACGUCUCCGCAUCACGCCCAGUCCCGCCCACACCGAGGACAUGAUGGACGACUUGGUCGGCGCGCUCCUCAGCGUGUGGGACGAGCUCGACUUGGCCCGCGACGGAUGUGACCCGUUGCCUGAAGUGCAGUUCUUGAACUCGGACCUCCCUCGCAUGGAAGCGGCUUAGGCAUGUAUACUGCGCAUAUGACGAUGCACAGGACCAAGUCAUUUGGGUAAUGAUCCAAGGAACACCCAAUCUUGUUUGGACUUGAUGUGUUGAAGUGUGGAUUCGACGAAUAGAAAGUGGGUCGCGAUGUUUUCCACCAAUCAUAUCGCAGUGUAAAAGUCUUGACCAAUCGGAUCGACGUGUGGUGCGAUUCGAUAAUUUGUACGUCCAUUUGCCACGUUAUUUCAUGUCCCAAUGAAAAUACUAUUAAUACGUAGUACUAUUAAUAUUAAUAAUAUUACUGUAGUACGUACUA